GCUCAUCAAAUCACGUUUCUCUGUGUAUUAAUCUCUGAUUUGCUAAUCUUGUAGCUUACGUGAUCGUUAAAAGAUGGCGGAUGAGGUAGCUCUGUUGAACACCUGGUCCAGCCCUUUUGGGGCACGGGUGAGAAUCGCCUUGGCCGAGAAAGGGAUCGAGUACGAGUACAAGGAAGAGAACUUGCAAGACAAGAGUCCUCUGCUUCUGAAGAUGAACCCAGUUCAUAAGAAGAUCCCCGUUUUGAUCCAUAAUGGGAAACCCAUCUGCGAAUCUCUCAUCAUUGUUCAAUACAUUGAUGAGGUUUGGAAGGAGACUUCUCCUUUGUUGCCCUCUGAUCCUCACUUCCGAGCUCAAGCCAAGUUUUGGGCUGAUUUCGUGGACAAGAAGGUUUAUGACUGUGGGAGGAGGAUUUUGUUAACAAAAGAUGGGAAAGAAGCAGGAAAGGAGUUGAUAGAAUGCUUGAAAUUGUUGGAAGGAGAGCUUGAAGAGAAACCUUACUUUGGGGGAGAGAAGUUUGGCUAUGUGGACUUGAGCCUCAUCUCCUUGUACACUUUUUUUUAUUGCUUCGAGACAUUUGGGAACUUAAGUAUAGAAGCUGAGUGUCCAAAGCUUAUUGCUUGGGGUAAAAGGUGCAUGCAGAAGGAGAGUGUGUCCAAGUCCGUUGCUGACCAAGAAAAGACCUACCACUCCUUUGAGCAGAGGAGGAAGAAAUUAGGGAUUGAGUAGAGCAAAAAGAUAGAAAAAAGAUUGUGUAU